UUCUGGUUGUCCUCUUGCUGACAAGAGCCUCAGAAACCUCAUGGCUGCCCACUCUGCUGACCUCAAGUGCCCUACUCCUGGUUGUGAUGGCUCUGGUCACAUAACAGGAAAUUAUGCAUCGCAUAGAAGUCUGUCAGGCUGCCCUCGUGCCAAGAAAAGUGGGAUCAAGAUCACCCCGACAAAGGAUGAUAAAGAAGACCCAGAGCUGAUGAAGUGUCCGGUUCCGGGCUGCGUUGGGCUGGGACACAUCAGCGGCAAGUACGCGUCUCACCGGAGCGCCUCCGGCUGUCCCCUGGCAGCCCGCAGGCAGAAGGAAGGAUCCCUCAAUGGCUCCUCCUUUUCCUGGAAGUCCUUGAAGAACGAAGGCCCGACCUGCCCCACCCCAGGCUGUGACGGUUCUGGCCACGCCAACGGGAGCUUCCUCACUCACAGAAGUUUGUCAGGGUGUCCAAGAGCUACUUUUGCUGGGAAGAAAGGAAAACUCUCAGGGGAUGAAAUUCUCAACACAAAAUUCAAGACCAGCGAUGUUCUGGAGAACGAUGAGGAGAUCAAGCAGCUGAACAAGGAGAUCAGUGAGCUGAACGAGUCCAACUCGGAGAUGGAAGCGGCCAUGGUGAAACUGCAGUCCCAGAUCUCCACCAUGGAGAAGAACCUGAAGAACAUUGAGGAGGAAAACAAAAUCAUAGAGGAGCAAAAUGAAGCCCUGUUCCUGGAGCUCUCAGGGUUGAGCCAGGCUCUCAUCCAAAGUCUUGCCAAUAUCCGCCUUCCACACAUGGAGCCAAUUAGUGAGCAGAACUUUGAUGCCUAUGUGAACACGCUGACAGACAUGUACACCAACCAGGAGUGCUACCAGAACCCGGAGAACAAGGACCUGCUGGAGAGCAUCAAGCAAGCCGUCAAGGGCAUCCAGGUGUAGUGCCGCGGGAUGGAGAGCAGCAAGCAAACAGACUGUAAGAUGGAAUUUCCCCUCCAAGUAUUCAGGUUUACAAGUUAGAAAACUUGUUUAAUGAAUGAAAAAAAAGAAAAAAAGAAAAAAAGAAAAAAAAGGACCAAAAUGUAACCAAGAGGCCAUUUCUGAGACAUGGAACUGAUCAAACGCAAUGUUCUCGUUUACUUAACUUUGGACCUUCUUGAGAAAAGUGGGAUUUUUUUUCUACCUGGACCAUGAGGUAGAUCAGGAUGGAAGGUUAAAUUCUCCAGUAGGCUGUGGGGCUUGGUAACAGGUGAAGAGCAGGCAUCUUCCAUGAGUUGCUUGCUCUUGCAGAAUUGAUCCAAGGGUUAAAACGUUACAAGAACAGGGUCUUGUCUGAUCCAAGACUAUUGUAUGACUGGCUUAAACCCUCAUGUUGUCUAUGGUUGUAUGUCCAGAUCACCUACUCACACAUGAGUUAUGUUCUAUGUUGCUACAAGUGCUGGAGCUGCAAGCUACCUGUAAAUCUGAACCUGUGCUGGGCCUCCCAACCCCGAAGUGUUCAGAUAUCCACUGGGCAUGGGAACUCUGAAGUAUUAUAAAGUAGCUUAUUUUUAUUUUCUGAAAGAAAUCUGAAGAGCAGUUCUGGAUCUCCAGUGGAAAGCGCAAUGGAAAAAAGGUUCUCAGGGAAGCUUUUGGAGUUUGCAACUACAGUAUUCCUUUGUCUGUCUUAAAUAUGAGAGUAGCUAUUAUGAAUAGGCCAAUUCCAGAUAUUUCAAACAGAAGAAUUUCUUUAAUGUGUCAUGGUCCGGUGUAUAUGAUUUUUUGGAAAUCUGUUUGAUGACAGUUCUGGUUCUUUUCAUUAUUGUGAUCAUCCCUACAGUGGCGCAGUACUGCCAGUCCAGAGAUCAUACAUCAGUGCCAGAGAACGGUUGAGAUUGUGAUGAACAAAUCAAAUCGAAUCAAAUCAAAUCAAAUCAAAUCAAAAAGAAGCAAAAACCAACAAAAAGAGAGAUGUUAAUUGAUGGCCAGCAAAGUGCUUACAUACCGUGAACCAGGAGUUGAUUUCUUACAUGUAUCCACAGGGCAAUGAGGAUGGUUUGGUUUGGUGUUCUAGGAUUUGCGUGAAAACACAGCGCGAGCGCCAUUCUGCAACAACAGAAAAGGGAAAAAAGGAAAAAAAAGAAAAGGAUUCAGGUGUUGGGAAUUCUUCCAAAGAAGCAAUUGUAAGCAGCUGGGUACACGCAGCCCUCUGUGCACUUAGAGAACAACUCUAUGAAUGUCCUUGGGGCGCUGCUCUGCAGCCCCGCUCCAUGGCCAGGGCCAGCUGUCACCCCACGGGGCUGCUCCCCACCUUCGCUCCCAUCCGGAGCUCGCUUCCUUCUCCAAACACUUCACGGGGGAAAAACCCCCCGAGGGGCCCCAGUGUGGGGACAUCCCACAUCCCGUAUCCCGCGUCACUCCCGGCCGUGCGGCAGGCAGAGCUGGGGAGGACCUUGUGGACCCCAACGAAAGGCAAGAGUGUGGUGUCAUUUUGAGCCGAACCCUGCAGAUAUUUAGGGCGUAAUUCCCGAUUUGGAGAAGUCAGUGGAAGGUCCCAGUGGCUACCAUGGCCGCUGGAUCUGGCCUGGAAGCCCAUGAGUGUCUUGGUUGGAGCUGCUCCCUGUGCUAAGUUCCAUAGGGCAGUUGGCCUGGGUGAGCUUGCUCCCGUACUUAAGUGUUUGCAGGAUCAGACUCCACGAGUUCACUUAUUUUAGAACCCAUUCCAAGUGCAAAAAUACAAGGAAAAAAGAAAAAAAAGGGAAAAAAAAAAAAGUAUAAAAUUUGAGGUGUUAAAAACACAAUGUUCUUAACAUGUAA